AAAAUAUUUUUACAUUUAUUAUAAAUAAAAUGAGAAAUUAUAGUUAGCAGCACUGUUAAGAAAACAUUGAUCCGCAUGUGCUUUAUUCGGGUCUCAAGUACUGCAAGGUAGUUCUUAUGAAGAAUGUCGAAACCAAUAGUCUUCGUAACCGGAAAUGCAAAAAAACUGGAGGAAUUUGUAGCUAUCCUGGGAAAGAAUUUUUCACGUGAAAUUACAAGUAAGAAGAUUGAUCUUCCGGAAUAUCAGGGAGAGAUAGAUGACAUUUGCAGAAGUAAAUGUCGAGCAGCGGCAGAUUUAAUAAAAGGUCCUGUUAUUAUUGAAGAUACAUGUUUAUGUUUUAAUGCAAUGAAAGGUUUACCUGGGCCUUAUAUUAAAUGGUUCUUAGAUAAAUUGGGACCUGAAGGCUUAUACCAAAUGCUUCAUGGUUGGGAAGAUAAAAGUGCGGAAGCGAUUUGCACUUUUGCCUAUUGCGCCGGAGAGCCGAAAGACCCAGUGUUAUUAUUUCAAGGUAAAACUCAAGGAACUAUUGUGAGUCCUCGAGGUCCGCGAGAUUUUGGUUGGGAUCCAUGUUUCCAGCCUUUAGGCGGAGAUAAAACUUAUGCAGAAUUACCGAAAGAAAUGAAGAAUCAAAUUUCACAUCGCAGCAAAGCAGUAGAAAAAUUGAAAGAAUAUUUUAUGAAAGAUGCUCAGCAUUAAAUCAAUAAGAAUUACUCUUUCAAAGUACAAUAUUCAUUACUUUGUAAUUA